AUGCCCGUCAAGGAGCUCAAGAGUUACGACGAGUUCAAGGCCGCCAUCAACGGCGACAAGGUGGCCGUCAUCGACUUCUGGGCCACCUGGUGCGGCCCGUGCCGCGUCAUCGGCCCCGUCUUUGAGCGCAUCUCGGACACGCCCGCCGCCGACAAGAUCGACUUUUACAAGGUCGACGUCGACGCCCAGGAAAAGAUCGCCCAGGAGUGCAAGAUCACCGCCAUGCCCACGUUUGUCUUUUUCAAGAACGGCGAGGUCGUCGAGACCGUCCUCGGCGCCAACCCGGGCGCCCUCAACACCGCCAUCAGCAAGCACGCCGCAUGA